AUGGCCAUGGAAAAACCUGACGUGGCUGGCGCUGGGCAGUCCGCCCCCGCUAAAUUCUCGCGCUAUCGCUCCGUCCGAAAGGCUGCUUCCAACAGGCCCGACUUGCCUCAGUCGCAUCCUCCACUCCCUCCCCUCGAUACCUCCGUGCAGCACAAGGCCCCGACCGCCACCAUGUCCGCCACCACCGUCAAACGGAGCAUGUCGCGAUAUCGUCGCCAGCGAGCCCCGACCGAGACGAAUGCGAGUCAGCCGCCCGUGCCGGCCGAUCGGGCCUUGGCAUACAGGGGUCCUGCGUCCGCGACGCAGGGGAAGAAUGAGUGGCCGGGGCGCGAGCAAGGGGACCGGCGCCGACAGAGGGAUGCGACCGUCCGCGCGGAGAAAUUCGUCUGCCCGGAGGACAGCGAGGAUGAUGAGUUCCGCGACCACCAUCGCCAGAAUGCGAUGGAUCGGCUGACCGGCGGAGAAAAGAAGACGACCGGCGCUACGACUCACCGUCGACCUACGACUCGCGACAGGGCGGCCGCGCGCGAUCGCGAGGCGAAACACUCGGACGAGCGACACUAUCGCACCGAUGGCGAGAGUAGAACCCGGGCCAGCAGCCGGCGUCGGUCGAGCCACGAGCCCAAACGGCAUUCGCUGAAGGAGACGGCCAAGGUCUCGCGGCCUACGGACGAAGCACCGCAGCCAAUCGACACCGCUGUGGGCAAUCGGCAUCCUGGAUUCGACGCGCCGGUUUCGGCGGUCAAUGCGGGCGAGCGACAGGUCUACGUGCGCUACCGAAAAACGACCAUGCAGCUGUCCGUGACGCCGUCGACCUCUGCGCAGGAUCUCCUCUUUAUCGCCGGAGAGUGUCUGGCGGGUGAGAUUGACCCGUUGAAAUUCAUUCUGAUGGAGUCCUUCACGGAACUGGGCCUAGAGCGACCCCUGCGCCGAUACGAAGCGGUGCGCGAGGUGAUGAACUCCUGGGCGCACGACAAGGAGAACACGCUGAUCGUCGUGCCGGGGGCCAGUCUCGAAGCGCUGUCGCAGCUGGACGCCAACUGCGUGUCGGGCCAGCCCGCGGAAGUGACGUUACACAUGUACUACUCGCAACGGCUGCGCAAGUGGGAUAAACGGUUCAUCACGCUGCGCUCGGACGGCCAGGUGACCCAGUCCAAGAAGGAGAAUGGCCAGGAGUCGGCGAAUGUUUGCCAUCUGUCCGACUUCGACAUCUACUCGCCCACGCCGGGGUAUCUGUCCAACAAUGUGAAACCCCCCAAGAAGAUCUGUCAGGCGGUCAAGAGCCAGCAGAAGUCGAGCAUGUUUCUGUCCACCGAGAAUUUCGUCCAUUUCUUCGCGACCAAUGACAAGGCGAUUGCCGAUGCAUGGUACCGCGCCGUCCAUGCGUGGCGCAGCUGGUACCUGGUCAAUAAGCUGGGCGCAGGCGAGGACAAGACCGAAUCCCCUGCCGCCGUGGACGAAGUGUCGCCCAGUAACAAGCCGUUCAAACCGUUGCUGCACAUGGACUCCCCCGACACCUCGGGCUGCGAAGGCAAGCCGUCGAAAACGAAAGAGCUGUUUUCGCGCAAGAAGAGCACGCGCGAGCAUGCGCCUCCUCCCUCAUCCUUCCCCAAAUUACUGGCCGACGAGCCCGACCUGGCACCGCCCCCUCCGCCUGUUUCUUCCUCGCCCGAUGACUCGCCGUUCACUUCGUCCGGCCUCCUCGGACGCAGCUACACUCUUCGCCACCGCGCCAUGAAAGAACGCGAGGAGCGCGAGAAGAAAGCCACGGAAGACCCCUUCGCCGCGCAAGGUCUCAUCGGCAACAUGACCCGGCGUCCGACCAACGGUCCCUCGUCCAGCCGACCGAACAGCCGCUCCAACACGAUGACCUCCACCCAAGCCCCCGACCUCGCCGGACUCAAACGGUCUCAAUCCAUCAACAAAAACAAGCCCCUGGUCGACCUGACCCCGGUGUACCAAGAACCUCCCCAGCACGCACGCAAGGGCCGCGGCGUCGCCGUCGAGCCGGGAACGCUGCUCAUUGACGCCGCCACCGGCCGCGAAGCCCCUGGCGGCAUCGCGGUGCCGUCCGCGACGACGUGGCGCCGACCUCCUCCGCCUCCCGUUGAUCUGCCCUCGCCGACCGAAGGCACAUCUCGCACCCGCAACCGCUCCCGUUCGCGUUCCGUCACGGCGCGCAGCAACCACCCCCGACACUACAACGCCUCUGUACCCGCCUCCCCAACCGCCGCGUCCCCCGCCGACGCCACCCAGCGCGAAGACCCCUUCAUCCCUAACAGCCUGAUCUCGCGAUCGGCGCAGCUGGCGGCGCUGCAGAACAACGGGGUCCCGAUCGGCCACGGCGUGGCGACGGGGGAUCGCAUGGCUACGAAACCGAUGCUGGACAUGUCUGCGGACAAUCCGUUUACGCAGGGGAGUCUGCUGAGGGGUUUGUAG